AUUUUCGGCAACUUAAACGUUAGCGGUUUGUGACAUUCUUAUAAACUGUUUGUUGAAAUAAAUUUAUCAAAAUGGGAAAACACAAGAACUCCAAGCAAGAGCUAAUUUUAGUCGAGUUUAUGGAAUCUCAUCCAGAUUUGGCGAAGAAUUUUUCGAAGGGCGACAGAGUUGCUGUUGAGGAAAAGUGGAAAGAGCUAACGACGCUGCUAAAUGCAGAAGGGCCGCCCCAAAAAGAUGUUAAUGGAUGGAAAAAAAUAUGGUCUGACUGGAAGGGGUGCAUUCGGAAAAAGGUUUCCCAUAACAAUCUAGAAUCGAGGGCAACAGGAGGUGGACACUUUAAUAAGCAUGUACUGACGAGCAACGAAGAAUGUGUUGCAAGAACUUGUGGAAUUUUUGCAGCCGUUGAGGGCAUAAGCCAUUCUAGAAGCUUUGGGACAGAAGAAAAUAAUAGCGCUAUCGAAUCUGAGGAAGAACGUCCCCAAACAAGUAGGGAAGCGGUGGCUACCCCGAGAGCUGCAAAAAGGCCACGAGUGUCACCGCAGGACAGCCUUCAGUCGUGUAUGGCAACGCAAUCUAGUUGUAUGGAGAAAAUAUUCACCACUUUAGAUAACAUUUGCGAAAACCAACACAAGAUUGCAAAAUCGCAGGAAGAUGAAAGGGAAGAGAUUCGACGACUUUGUCGUGCUGUUGAGAAACAAAAUGAAUUGCUGGCAGAGCAAAAUCGCUUGAAGACUCAAAGUAUAGAGCAAAAGCAAAGACAUUACCUCAAAAUGGAGCAGUUGCAACAGGAAACAGUUAAUAUUAUUGUAAAACUAAAAUGCUUGAGAUAG